UUUCGGCACUACACCGUGACCCAUUUCGUGUCCUCAAUGAGUGCCUCUGCUGACGUCCUGGCCCUGUCCAAAAUCGAGAUAAAGUUGUCUGACAUCCCAGAGGGGAAAAACAUGACCUUCAAGUGGAGAGGCAAGCCUCUGUUUGUUCGUCACAGAACAGAGGAGAUCACAGCCGAGCAGAACAUUGAUCUUUCAGAGCUCUGGGACCCCCAGCAUGACAAAGACCGCAUCACCAACCCCACCUGGGUCAUCGUCACUGGUGUCUGCACUCAUCUCGGCUGUGUCCCAAUCACAAAUGCCGGUGAUUACGGCAGGUACUACUGCCCCUGCCAUGGGUCACAUUACGAUGCUUCAGGAAGGAUCAGAAAAGGACUCGCACCUCUCAACUUGGAGGUGCCUUAUUAUGAGUUUCCUGAUGAGGAUACUGUAAUUGUUGGAUAAACAAUGGACAUUUUCACUGUAUGCUUUUAAUGUCUGUCCAAAUCUAAAUAUCAAUAAAUAUAUAUUUUAAAGCAACCUACAUCUAUUUUUGAGGCAUGCAAAUCUUGGUUACAAAUUAACACAAACAGUUCUAUCAGACCAAAAAAAAAAUUUCAAUUAAAUAUUUUUAAAAAGGCAAUGAUUCAACAAUAUCAUUCACAUAUGUUCUAUAAUGCUUCCUAAGUGUUCUGAAAAUAUGGCACAUUAUGUCAGGAUAUUAUUGCAAAGAAUAUACAGUGCUUGAUUCAUAUGGAAGCUUGUUUCUGCCAGGGAAUAAAAAAUUUAAAAAGUAAUUGCAA